AUGGAUUCUGUCACACAAAUCCUUGAAAGAGUUCAAAAUAGAGUCUUUGGCGACUUUGAUGUUUAUCAGCUAAUACGUUUAGUAAUCAUCAUUGGUGGGUAUGUCUUCCUUAGAAUGAGAGUUUCUGAUUACCUCAAGCAGCAACAGUUGAAGACUAAGGUUGAGCAGGACAGAGAUCUGAAGGCCCAAAAACUUAUUGACGAUCCCACGGGCGAAGUUGCGGAGGCUGAAGCGGAAGCGCUCUUCCCAAACAACGAAGGGAUUUCGAGAAGUGAAAAGGGCUGGGGUUGGGGUAAGUCCACCAGGCGGAAGGUUAAAAAGCAGCAAGCUAUAUUUGAAAAGGAAAUUGAGAAGGCUGCUGUCGAUGCUCAAAGGAAGCUAGAGACUGGAUACGAUAGUGAUGAAGAGAUCAAGGAGCUUUUACAAGAGUAG